AUGAUGCAUUUCUCCCUCUUCCUCACUGGCCUCGCCGCAACCCUAGCGGCAGCCGUGCCCCUAGAUGAACAACUCUUCGGCAGAUCAGUAGACCUGGGCUCCAAACUUCACGGAGAAGACCGUCUCAACGGGACUUACACGGCCACCUGGACAAACGUCCGCAACUGGGUCGGCGGAAAAGGUUGGAACCCCGGCGGUCCCAAGGUUGUCCAAUACAACGGGACGUGGUCCGGCAGGAACGUCAACUCGUACCUCGCGCUAUACGGAUGGACCAAGAAUAGCCUAAUCGAGUACUACAUCGCCGAAAGCUUCGGCUCGUAUAACCCCAGCAGCGGGACUUCGCGCCUCGGCACCGUCAACAGCGACGGCAGUGAUUACGACAUCUACCGCACGCAGAGAGUGAACCAGCCUUCGAUCGUUGGGCGUGCCACCUUCUAUCAGUUCUGGUCGGUUCGCAGGAAUCAUCGCGUAGGAGGUACCAUCACUGUAGCCAAUCACUUUACUGCUUGGGAGAAAAGUAACCUCAAGUUGGGCACUCACGAUUACAUAAUCUUGGCUACCGAAGGUUAUGGAAACAGUAGUUCUUCUGCAAUCACGGUAAAGGAGGUUAGUAUAGAGGGGGUUCCCUGUCCCAAUAAGCCUAACUCGAGGAGAGACAAUAACUAA